CUACGUGCUGACGCUAAUUGUAUAUGAGCGCGAGCGGCGGGCUCUCGGGUCUUUUUUAGCGCCAUCUGCUCACGGCGCCGCCUCCUGCUCCUGUCGCCGCUGCCUCCCUGAGUCACUGCCUGCGCAGCUCCGGGCCGCCUGCCUCCGCGUCCUAGCCUCCGAUAUUUGGAGUUCUUAAAACAUGGCAGACAUUGACAACACGGCAGCUUACUGUUCAGAUGAUGCAAAAUCCUCAGAUUCUUGCAGCCCUUCAAGAGAGACUUGAUGGUCUGGUAGACACACCAACAGGAUACAUUGAAAGUUUGCCUAAGGUAGUUAAAAGACGAGUGAAUGCCCUUAAAAACCUUCAAGUUAAAUGUGCACAAAUAGAAGCCAAAUUCUAUGAGGAAGUUCAUGAUCUUGAAAGAAAAUAUGCUGUUCUCUAUCAACCUCUAUUUGAUAAGCGCUUUGAGAUCAUCAAUGCAAUUUAUGAACCCACAGAAGAAGAAUGUGAAUGGAAACCAGAUGAAGAGGAUGAAAUUUCGGAGCUGAAAGAAAAGGCAAAGGUUGAAGAUGAGAAAAAGGAUGAAGAAAAAGAAGACCCCAAAGGAAUUCCCGAGUUUUGGUUGACUGUGUUUAAGAAUGUUGACUUGCUCAGUGAUAUGGUUCAGGAACAUGAUGAGCCUAUUCUGAAGCACUUGAAAGAUAUUAAAGUGAAAUUCUCGGAUGCUGGCCAGCCAAUGAGUUUUGUCUUGGAAUUUCACUUUGACGCCAAUGAAUAUUUCACAAAUGAAGUAUUGACAAAGACAUACAGGAUGAGGUCUGAACCAGAUGAUUCUGACCCCUUUUCUUUUGAUGGACCAGAAAUUAUGGGCUGUACAGGGUGCCAGAUAGAUUGGAAAAAAGGAAAGAAUGUCACGUUGAAAACUAUUAAGAAGAAGCAGAAACAUAAGGGACGUGGAACAGUUCGUACUGUGACUAAAACCGUUUCCAAUGACUCUUUCUUUAAUUUUUUUGCCCCUCCUGAAGUUCCUGAAAGUGGAGAUUUGGAUGAUGAUGCUGAAGCUAUCCUUGCUGCAGACUUUGAAAUUGGUCACUUUUUACGUGAGCGUGUAAUUCCAAGAUCAGUGUUAUACUUUACUGGAGAAGCCAUAGAAGAUGAUGAUGAUGAUUAUGAUGAAGAAGGUGAAGAAGCAGAUGAGGAAGGGGAAGAGGAAGGAGAUGAGGAAAACGAUCCAGACUAUGACGUAAAGAAGGAUCAAAACCCAGCAGAGUGCAAACAGCAGUGAAGCAAAGCAAGGAUGUAUGUGGCCUUGAGAAUACUCUGCACUGUAAUAGCCUAAACAACUAUUAUUUACUUACAGCCUUAUGUUUUUGUAUUUUCUUGGUAAACACCGUAAUUUUUUUUUUAAAGGAAAGGAACUGAUUUUAAAGGCAGAUUUGUUCUACCUAGUGUUUUAACUGGUUUUCCUGUCAGAUGUUUGUUGAAUGCACAAAUUCUCUAGUGCAUGUUCAUCCAUUGCUAUAUAGUUUGGGUUCUUGUGGAUUAUUUUUAUCCUGUACUUAGUAGCUUUUAGUGUAUGUAAAUUAACAAAACUAUUAAAUUAAAACUAAUUUCUUGAUUUGAAAAAAAUAUUUUCCUGAAAAACCAAAGUAUAUUUUCAGCUAGCUGUUGAAUGAGUUUAAAGUCUGCUUGCAUUA